AUGGCGAGCCUAAAAAUCCCUUUACCACUCUUUCUUGUGGUCUUUUAUACAGUCAUAGAUAAUUGUGCUUCAAUCUCUUCAGCAAUGCCUCCCAACUUUCUUGUGCCUUCUCCGGUUUCUCGCUCGAUAUCUGAACCCGUGACCACUUCUAAUUCUCAUCCAUCAGCUUCAAUUCUUACAGCUCGGGGGAUCAAAGCGGCUUAUUGGCCAUCGUUUACUGGAUUCCCCGCGUCAUCUAUUGACACGUUGUAUUUCACACAUAUUUACUACGCCUUCCUCUUACCUGAUCCGAAUACUUACAAACUUAAUGUUACACCAUUAGACCAGGAAAAGCUCAUUGAGUUCAUGGUGGCGCUCAAUGCCCUAAACCCACCCGUCAAAACUCUUGUAUCCAUCGGAGGAGGAGGUAAUGACCCGAAUGUGUUCUCUAAGAUGGUAAGUAGCGAAUCAACUCGUGCCAUUUUUAUUAAUUCCACAAUCGAAUUUGCUAGAAAAUACGGGUUUGAUGGUGUUGACCUUGAUUGGGAGUUCCCAGCAAAUGACCGAGACAUGUCAAACCUUGGUUUAUUAUUCAAGCAAUGGCAAGAGGCACUUCAAAAUGAUGCUAAGGCUACAAAUAAAACUCAGCUUUUACUAACUUCCGUUGUUUAUUAUACUUCAAAAAUUAUCUUUUCUGGUGAAUUGCGGGCAUACCCUGAUCACGCUAUUGGCAAAUAUAUAAAUUGGAUUAGUCUAAUGUGCUUCGAUUAUCACGGGUCGUGGGACUCAGUCACGGGUGAGCACUCGGCUCUGUAUGACCCUACUAGCAAUAUUAGCACUAAGUAUGGAAUCGAGUCCUGGAUUCAAGCCGGGGUACCACCCAAAAAGGGAGUCAUGGGACUACCAUUGUAUGGCAGGACAUGGAAGCUCCAAGACCCGAAUGUUAAUGGAAUCGGAGCACCCGCCGUGGGUGUUGGGCCUGGGGAUGGCAUAUUGAUUUAUUCUCAAGUGGUGGAUUAUAACAGUGAGAAUAAUGCCACUGUUAAGUUUGAUGAACAAACUGUUUCCUUUUAUUCUUAUGCUGGAGAUUCAUGGAUCGGGUAUGAUGAUGUCGAAUCCCUGAAGCUGAAGACCCGGUUUGCCCGGUCACGGAAUUUGGGUGGAUAUUUUUUCUGGGCUCUUGGCCAAGACAAUAACUGGACCCUCUCAAGAGAAGGUAAAGAUUGCAUUACUGCAAGUUUUAUGCUAUUGGAUAACUUUGGCAAGCUUCUCAUAAAUUCUUUGGCAAUCUAG